UGCAUACGCUGGUCUCACGUACGCGCGCACACAAGCAGAGAGCGAAAUUUUUUUCGAGUGCGUUCGACAUUCAUAAUUUUUUGUGGUGGAGCUCUGCCUGCUAAAAAGAAUCGGGAAAUUAAGCGAAUAACUAAUAAAAUUAUAACGCCCGCUACGCAGAAAUAUCUCCAAUAACUUGGACCCGCAACGCUAUUAGAUAGAAGCUGCAUAAGAGGAAAACUCCCUAGGAAGAGGAAACUUUUUGCAAAAGGAAUAUGUCGAGUCUGCCGCGUCGCAUUAUCAAGGAGACACAGCGCUUGAUGCAGGAGCCUGUGCCCGGUAUCAAUGCCAUUCCGGAUGAGAACAAUGCCCGUUACUUUCAUGUGAUAGUGACCGGACCCAAUGAUUCGCCCUUCGAGGGUGGGGUCUUUAAGCUGGAACUCUUCCUGCCGGAAGACUAUCCCAUGUCGGCGCCAAAGGUGCGUUUCAUCACCAAGAUCUAUCAUCCGAACAUCGAUCGUUUGGGUCGCAUUUGUCUAGACGUCCUGAAGGAUAAGUGGAGUCCGGCCUUGCAGAUACGCACCAUAUUGCUAUCGAUUCAGGCCCUGCUCAGUGCCCCCAAUCCGGAUGAUCCGCUGGCCAACGAUGUUGCCGAAUUGUGGAAGGUUAACGAGGCGGAGGCUAUACGUAAUGCUCGCGAAUGGACCCAGAAAUAUGCCGUCGAAGACUGAACACCACCCCAGUGGCUCCUCCCAGUAGGAAAAUUAAUGAAAAGUUUGAUUUUCCUCAUAAAUGGGACGACGACGACGACGGGCGAUGGCUGGGGACUAAAUGCAUACUUUAAAAACAACCAUAAGACGGAGGAAAACGUAAAUGUAAUGAGGAUGAAAGCAAGAUGAAUGAGAAAAAUGAAAAGGGAUUAAAAAAAAAAAACCAAUAAUUUUUUUUUUUUUUGCAAAAAACCUUCUCGGGCGGGAUAUACAUAAAUAAUAUAUAAUAUAUUUUUUUGCAACCAAGCGAUCUGGGCGAUCGAAAGAGAAGAAGGAAAAGGAGGAGGAGGAGUUAGAAGUGAUGAAGAUAGCGAAAGCAUUCAAUAAAUUCUAUAAGUUCUAUACACAAUACAUGUAUCCGAAAGAAAAACACACACCCACACACACAGCAGCAACGAUUGGUUCUAUAAUUUCCGAUUCUUGAUUUUAGGUGGCUUCCAAAGCCGCGUAUAUAUUGUAACUGUAAAAAAAAAAAAAAAAAAAAAUACAACAAAACACCCACAUAAACAUUAACCCAUGUAGUAGCGCAGCAUCAGAUAAUAAAUCAAAUGUAAAAGGCAACUUGAACUUGGAUUUCAAUCAAAAUAUAUAUUUCGAUUAUCUUGUACCACAAAAAUUGCAAAAUGAGUGAGUUAAUUCAUUUAAUUUAAGACAGUUCACCCAUUCGAUAAUUGAGCUUUGCCUGGGUUGUGUCUUAAUUCCCUUUUAUAAACAAAUACAAAUACCAGAAAUAUCCCAAAAUUUAUGUAUUCUUUGAGCUAUUAGUAAUUUUU